UCGUUGUUGUUGUUUGACCUCUCUGGCCACAGAGGGCGCUGUAUUCAACUUCAACUGUCGUAAACAGCCGAGAAUCUGAAUCUCUGCGCACUAAAAAAAAAAAAAAAAAAGUCUUGCCGCUCUUUUAUAGAAGCUAAGUUUUGGUCGCACACAUGACCAAACGGAGAGCAGAGAACAUUUUGCAUCCCGAAAUCACUCAUAAAAGAUGUUUUCGUUCUCUCUCCGACAACGACAAACCGGUAGGAGGCGUGAACGUGAUCCAAAACGUAUUUCCAUCCUCGUUAUUAACGCUGGCUGGACAACGCUGCAGGAAAAGACCGAGCUAUCUCGAAGAUUCACUGGAUGCAGAUAACCUACCGAGAAAGGUGGCCGCAAACGGGAUUAAUUUCGUGCUGGCAGUCAGGAACACAUGCAAGUCCAGAACAUUAGAGGAUGGUGCUGGGAGACCUGGCACGCGACGGUCAUCUCGCGCGCUUCAGACGCAAUCAAAUAAACAGACAGACGAAGGAAAUAGCAUAACUACAGGAGACAAGGUGAUGCACACAGAUGAGGACCUCUCUCCAUUCAAUUCCUUCCAGUUCUGGCGGGUUCCACUGCCUGAGUUGGAUCUCGCUCUCCUGGAGACUGAACCCUCAGCUGGGUCCCACAUAACUUCUUCCACCAAAGACUUAGAGGCGAUGGAAACAUGAGGAGAUCCCUAAUGCACAGUGACAUUCUUGUUAAGAUGUUGUCUUAAUUACAAAAGUGUUGCCAAAUUACCUGACUGGAUAUGAUGAGAUGAUUCCUCCUGGUCUGCACUAGAUGAACAUAUAAACAAAGCAUUGUGCUGUGAACAGCAUGAAGGCCUCCAGAAGCUUCCAUUCUGGUAGAAACACAUGAUGGUUACAUGACCUCAUAUUCCUGUCCUACAGAGGUCAACUGUUCAGAACUGUGAAAGCAUAUUGGACUAAUCAUGAGUGUUUUUUUCCCUUCUUUUUUUCCAGUAUAGCUGUGAAAGCAAGUGUACAGGUGCUUCUCAGUAAAUUAUUGAGCUAGUGAAUUGGUGGGUUUUUGUUAAAUGUGAGCCAAAAUCAUCACAAUUAAAAGAACCAAGGACUUAAACUGCUUCAGUCUGUGUGCAUUGAAUUUAUUUAAUACACAAGUUUCACAAUUUGAGUUGAAUUACUGAAAUAAAUGAACUUUUCCACGACAUUCUAAUUUAUUGAGAAGCACCUGUAUGUCAACCGAAUGUUCUUUUGUUACGACUGAGCCUGUGUUUGUUUUUUUAUGUCUAUGGUGUUCUGUAGGUUUAAGCCACUUUUAUUCUUUAGGUGUUUCAAUUUUUGUAAACUUUAGGGCCUUGGGGACUUCUGGGGGACUUCUGAUCUUAGUAGAUACAGCAAGUGCUUUGAACGUUCCAGUGGCGUAAUUGCAGUGUUUUUGAAAUUGCUCAACAGCAAUAAAAUCUUUUUUUUAUACUGA